CGAUGCUACGCGAUGAUGCGAUGCCUGCGCUGCCCCGCCCUGCCCUCUGCUACUGAUGCCCACUCUCUCUCGCUCUCUACAUCUACAAUCCCCCUUUUCCCGUUUUUUGUUUGUUUGCUGGUGCGCCACUCGGCUUGCCCCCUUUACAUCUCUUCUCCACUCUGAAUCUUGCUCUUCCCCCCCGCAAUUUGCUUCUCUCUCUCUCUCUCUCUCUCUCUCUCUCGCGUUCUGAUUAUAUCUCGGCUAGUGUCCGUCGUGUUGUGUGGGGUGUUGUAUCAAGUCUCUCUUCUCUUCUUCGUCUCGCACCGAGAUUUCGUCAUGGAUGAAGAGUAUGACGUGAUUGUACUCGGCACUGGCCUCAAGGAAUGUAUCCUCAGUGGACUUCUCUCUGUCGAUCGUCUCAAGGUGCUUCAUAUGGACAGGAAUGACUAUUAUGGCGGAGCUGCUGCAUCAUUGAACUUGAACCAGUUGUGGAAAAAAUUUAAAGGAGAUGAAAAGCCUCCAGCCUUCCUGGGGUCAAGCAAGGAGUAUAAUGUGGACAUGGUCCCCAAGUUUAUGAUGGCAAAUGGCACCCUUGUGAGAGUUCUCAUCCACACGGAUGUCACAAAAUACCUACUGUUUAAGGCUGUGGACGGCAGCUACGUCUAUAAGCAGGGAAAGGUGUACAAAGUUCCAUCUAAUGACGUGGAAGCAUUGAAGUCUCCUUUGAUGGGGCUAUUUGAGAAGCGGCGUGCUAGGAAGUUUUUCAUCUUUGUCCAGAACUACGAUGAGGCAGAUGCUAAAACACACGAUGGAAUGAACUUGCAGACAGUUACAACGAAAGAACUAUUCGAGAAGUUUGGUCUCGAUGCCAACACAAUUGACUUCAUUGGGCAUUCUUUGGCGUUGCAUCGUGACGAUCGUUUCUUGUCUGAGCCAGCGUUGGAUACAGUGAAGAGAGUGAAGUUGUACGCAGAGUCAAUGGCCCGGUUUCAAGGAGGAUCACCUUACAUCUAUCCACUCUACGGCCUCGGCGAGUUGCCACAGGGAUUUGCUCGUCUUAGUGCCGUGUACGGAGGCACCUACAUGCUUGCCAAACCUGAGUGCAAGGUAGAAUUUGAUGAAAUGGGUCAAGUUAUGGGGGUUACUUCCGAGGGGGAGACCGUGAAGGCCAAGAAAGUUGUUUGUGAUCCAUCGUAUUUGCCCAAUAAGGUCAAAAAGGUUGGGAAGGUGGUGCGUGCUAUCUGCUUCAUGAGCCACCCAAUUCCAAAUACCAAUAAUUCUGACUCCGUUCAAAUCAUUCUGCCACAGAAGCAACUUGGCCGCAGAUCAGACAUGUAUGUGUUCUGUUGCUCUCACUCUCACAAUAUAGCUGCAAAAGACAAGUACAUCGCAUUUGUUUCAGCAGAAGUGGAGACGGACACUCCGGAAGCUGAGCUGGAGCCAGGGCUUGCACUUCUUGGACACAUUGAUGAGAAGAUAAUUGACAUGUACGACAUGUAUGAGCCAGUCAAUGAUCCCUCACUCGACAACUGCUUCAUUUCUAAGAGCUACGAUCCUACUACCCACUUUGAGACGACAGUUCAAGAUGUACUUUCAAUGUAUACAAAAAUUACUGGCAAGAACCUUGAUCUGAGCGUGGACUUAAGUGCAGCAAGCGCUGCUGAGGAGUAGAGAGAUGGGUGUUUCAUACAAGGUAUUUUCUCCAGUGGACCAAGGAGUGCCUCUAAAUACCCCAAACUCAAUUGUUAAAUACUUUUGUGAAAGGCGGUUUACAUUUACAUGUUUUUCCAAUGACGUAAGCGGAAAAAUCUUUUCCGCAAGCCAUCAUUAUCAUUCGACAUCGUUUAUCGUAGUGACCAUCGGUUUUUCUUAAAUGGAUGCAAAGGAAAUUUCCUCACUAUCAAGUUUUGAAUCUUGUUGGCACAUCUGCGUUAAUAUGGUUACACGCCUCCUUGGCAACUAUCACUUUCAUGUGAUUAUAGAUGCAGUGUUAACUCGAAGCUAGAUGUGAUAAGCAGUGGGCCCAUCAUUGCCUUUCCUGUGGAAAUGAAUGCUUCUCAACCUUCUUCCA